AUGAGUUUCGAAUUCACAACUCUCGAUGUUUUCACCACCACCGCCUUUGAGGGCAACCCUUUGGCAGUGGUGACGAUACCCCCACCAAGCCAGCACGCGCCCCUCACCCAAUCUCAAAAGCAGCGCAUCGCCCGCGAGUUCAACCUCUCUGAGACUGUUUUUGUACAUGAUGUUGAGAAUCGUGCGGAUACAGACGAGAGAGAGAUUGAUAUCUUUACUCCCAACUUCGAAUUGCCAUUUGCGGGGCAUCCGACCAUCGGCGCAGCUAUUUUUCUUCAGCCCCAGGGCGUAAAGGCCAUGAUUGCAAAGGCGGGCAGAAUUGAUCUUGAGUUCGAAAACGGUUCUGCGCGUGCUUUGAUCCCGCAUGAUGUCAAGCUUCAUAAGAAGCGCGUGCCAAAGCAUGAGAUCGAAGCUGGUUGGAAUGAGAAAUUGGCAAAAGUCGCUGCUGCUGAUGAGGGUGCGCCGCUGUUCAGUAUCGUCAACGGGAUGACUUUCGCGCUUGUGGAGCUCCCCUCUCUGGAGUUACUUGGCGCUGCCAAGGUCGGAGCCAUGAGUUACAUUGACGGCAACCUGCAGGAUGACGGCUGGAAACACGAUUUCGACUCGAGACGCUACUACUACACGCUUCUCAAGAGCGAGACGUCAUCUGACGGAAAGUAUGUGCAGAACCUCCGCACAAGACUUGUCAAGCGCAAUAUGGAAGAUCCUGCUACUGGAAGUGCCGCGUGCGCGUUGUCGUGUUACUUGGCGUUGCACAAGCUUACUGCGAAUUCGAUCAGGUUCAAUAUCACGCAGGGCGUUGAGAUGGGACGCGAGAGUCUCAUCGUGGUUGAUGUUGAGGUCGAGAUCAGUGAAGAUGGGGAGAGAAAUGUUAAGACUGUUCAUCUUAGUGGGAAGGCAGUCGAGGUCAUGAAGGGAACAGUUCGCAUUCCAUGA